GCACAGACACAAGUACUUUAGUUACAUUGUUGGGCGAGUUUGAAACAACUCCCUCUGCCUUGGCCUUCCACGCAUUGUCACUGGAUUUUCUAGGCGCGUGUGUCCUGCUCUCUUCCCCCUUUGCCUUUUGCUUUCCAGCUCUUGCUUCUGAUCCUUUCUUCUUUUAUUUUUUCCUCUCUCUUUUUUUUUGCUUUGAUUUCUCCCUCCCCCUUUUGGGCUUCCCCAUCGUCCCCCCAGCCUCUGGCAUGAGUUAAACACCAGCGAUGGACACCAAACAUUUCCUGCCACUGGAUUUCUCCAACCAAGUCAAUUCCACCUCCCUGAACUCCCCGACCAGCCGGGGGCCCAUGGCUGCACCUUCCCUCCAUCCAUCCAUCGGACCGGGGAUCGGCUCUCCGCUGGGCUCAGCGGGCCAGCUCCACUCCCCCAUUAGCACCCUCAGCUCCCCCAUCAAUGGCAUGGGCCCUCCUUUCUCCGUCAUCAGCUCCCCCAUGGGACCUCACUCUAUGUCAGUCCCCUCCACCCCCAACCUGGGGUUUGGAACCGGCAGCCCACAGCUCAAUUCUCCGAUGAACCCUGUCAGCAGCUCAGAAGACAUUAAACCGCCCUUGGGGCUCAAUGGGGUCCUUAAAGUGCCAGCACACCCCUCAGGAACCAUGGCCUCCUUCACCAAGCACAUAUGUGCCAUCUGCGGGGACCGAUCUUCAGGUAAACAUUACGGGGUGUACAGCUGCGAGGGCUGCAAAGGUUUCUUCAAGCGCACGGUGCGGAAAGACCUCACCUACACCUGCCGUGACAACAAGGACUGCCUGAUCGACAAGCGCCAGCGCAACCGCUGCCAGUACUGCCGCUAUCAGAAGUGUCUGGCCAUGGGCAUGAAGCGAGAAGGGAUGGAGCAUCAUCCAUCCCGGCCCACAAGACUUCUGGGAAGGCAGGAAGAACAAGCUGUGCAAGAGGAGAGGCAGAGGGGGAAAGAUCGAAAUGAGAACGAGGUGGAGUCGACAAGCAGCGCCAACGAGGACAUGCCCGUGGAGAAGAUCUUGGAAGCCGAACUGGCAGUGGAGCCAAAGACAGAGACGUACAUCGAAGCAAACAUGGGCUUGACCCCCAGCUCGCCCAACGACCCGGUAACCAACAUAUGCCAAGCAGCGGACAAACAGCUCUUCACCUUGGUGGAAUGGGCAAAGAGAAUCCCCCACUUCUCGGAGCUGCCGCUGGAUGACCAGGUCAUUUUGCUCAGAGCAGGCUGGAACGAACUGCUCAUCGCCUCCUUCUCCCACCGUUCGAUAGCUGUGAAAGACGGGAUCCUCCUAGCUACCGGCCUCCACGUCCAUCGGAACAGCGCGCACAGCGCAGGGGUCGGUGCCAUCUUUGACAGAGUACUGACAGAACUCGUGUCAAAAAUGCGGGACAUGCAGAUGGACAAGACAGAGCUGGGCUGCCUGCGGGCCAUCGUUCUCUUCAACCCAGAUUCAAAAGGUCUCUCCAACCCCGCCGAGGUGGAGGCCUUGCGUGAGAAGGUAUACGCGUCGCUAGAGGCAUACUGCAAACACAAAUACCCUGACCAGCCUGGAAGGUUUGCAAAGCUCUUGCUCCGUCUCCCUGCCCUCCGAUCCAUCGGCCUGAAAUGCCUGGAGCACCUGUUCUUCUUCAAGCUAAUAGGAGAUACACCCAUCGACACCUUCUUGAUGGAAAUGCUGGAAGCGCCCCACCAAAUGACUUAAGAUAACCUCUUCUGGGUCCGUCCUUUCACCCAGCAGGGGCCUUUGCAGCCUCCUUCCGCCUCCACCUUUCCUCCUUCUCUUCCUCCUGCCCCCUAAUGCCAGAAACACUGUCUGCUCUUCUCCGUCUGACCCCGGGCAACACCCCGACGUCCUCGCCUUCUCGUCACGUGGAUCCUUGCUCAUCUUGUCGUCGCGGCGUCUAAGGAUAAGGAGGGCUCUUCUAAAAUGUUAGAUGUAGAGAAGCGGGGCAGAGUGUUUCAGAUGCCAGCGCUCCUCUCUCCCUGUCACCGACGGGCAUCAGCCCAAGCCGAAGGCCGGGGGUGACGUUCCCCUGCCCGCCCUUGAUGUUGGGUCUGGCUUCUCACCCUGGAGCCCAGCCGCUUGGUGGGAAGUGGGGAUGGUCUUGCUCAUAAGAGCGCGAGGCUGCUGGGGCUGGAUGAGCUCGGGGGAGUGGUUAAUUCUUGCUUGCUCGCAGCUGGAUAUUUUCAGAGGAUGGCGUUUUGGAAAGAGAAGAAAAAAAAGAAAUCUAUUUUUUUGCUUUCUAACUGUUACUCUUCGUAUUCGCUUUUACUUCUCGAAAGGAGUGGGCCCCUGCUGUCCCCUGACCGAGUCACCUUGGCUCUGCACGGAGCCCUCUCCUUUUCAUUCAGAGCAGGGGAUGGCGGGAUGGAUCUCGCCUCCCUCUUCCACCUUGUUCCCCAAACGGAGAGAUGACCGGUCGCACUGAGAGACUGAGCCCCCCUCUGUGUGUGGAGGGCAGCGCAGGCGGCGGUCGCCCGAAUAGUCUUGCUUUCCUUCGGGGAAAAAGCGAUGGAGCAUCACAGAUUUUUUUUGUCCCCCCCCCCCCCACCCCAAAGAUGACUCUUCUCUCCGUUCUGGAGCUCGCCAACCCAUACACAAGCCAACUGGAACAUGCAGGUCUGGAAGCAGUUGCUUUAAGGUUGCAAUCACUCAUAUCCCUCCCUCCUUCCGGUUUGUCCUGGCCUCUCCCUUAGCACACACAUGUACAACACGAGGUGCGUUGAACAUGGUGGAACGUGCACACACGUGUGCUCUCAGCUGGCCCUGCCAACUGGUGGAUGCUAACCUGGGUCAACAGUUUCUUUUAAGGGCAACUUUGCAUUGUAGGAGCAGGGGCUGGCUGCUCGGGGAGGCAUUUGUAGGUCUACAGCAGCUCGCACCCCAUCGGUGGGUCUCUCCAGAUUAGGGUGACCUCGGUUGUGACAGCCUGAACUCGCACCCCGUUGGUGGGUCUCUCUAGAUUAGGGUGGCCUGGGCCAUGACAGCUUGUGGAGCAAGGCUGCGAUCGACUGAGCCUGCGUUGUGCAUUCGUUGGUGGAAAAGAGAGGGUCACCUCUACCCCCAGAAUAUUCCCCCAUCUUCCCAACGUAGAAAUGAUGCAGCAUGAGUGUCCCAACAAGGAUCAGGAAAGCAAGAGGCUGUAUCAGCCAGCAGGGCCGUGUUGCAUUAAGAAAUGCUUGUUGCAUCUUAAAUUACCGAUGAAGAAUGGAGAUUGCAAAGCAGAAAUAACAGUAUUCAUACCCCCUGCCUUUUUUCCCCCCUCCCAGAGACUCUCAAACUGCUGCGCUAGAGCCAAGCGUGGUGCUUGCUCACGGGCACCUCCUUUCUGGAGGGGUCAUCGUGCCGGGCCUUGGCCAGACCCAGGUAGGAGGGGGCACUGAAGGGACUGCCCUUUCCCUGUGGCUUUGGCUGCUGUUCUGUGUUCCUGUGGGAAUCCCGAAAAGCAAAAUUAAAAUGCACACAUUGCAGCUUGUUUCUCUAGGAAACCCAUGUCAGCUCCACCGAGGGGAGGCUACAGGGUUUCAGGAGCUUCCCUAUGAGCGUUGACUCGAGCAGCAAUGUUUUAUCCAUAAGAAAACCCCAGGCAGGAGCGUUCCCUCCGGUGUAUUCUCCAGGGCUGUGUCCAGACCCAUUUUAAAAUGACCCAAGCGACCGGCUCUCCAGUUGUUCCUGGAGAAGAAGGGAGGCUAUUUCACAGUCUGGUGAAUCUCAUGCUUAGGAAGUUUUCCAGCCCUUCAGCCUGACUCUCCCUCUGUUUAAUGUGCAGCCGAAGUUUCCACCGACUGGCUUGGGCUGCGGGAGCUGCUCUUACAUUUUUCUGCGGGGAGAGGCGGGAAGACGGUUUGUUUUGCUUUUACACACCGCUGCCUUUUGACUUCAUCCCGGUCCGCUUGCCAAAACACGGCGCCCUGCACAUUUCCAGGAGCAUCUCGGGAGGGGGUUUCUUGGGGGAUGGAGUCGGGCGGCAAGGGAGCGCCUUUGCUUUCGGGUCCCAGCUUCGCUCCGAGCAGGUGUCUCAAGAGCCCAAGUUAGAAAACCAAUGGAAAGAAAUAGGAGAGCAAACAAUGAAGGAGCUUGUUGAUUUAUUUUUUUCCCCCAGAAGAAAGUAACCAUUCUUAACCCACCGGGGGACCUUGCAGGCUGCGCCAGGAAUGAGGUGCCUGCGGUUGGCUCCCAACCAAGGGCUUCCCCGCCACUUCUAUUUGAUUUGUGCUCAAAAAUGACCGAGGAUUAGAUUCCAAAAAUAUUUCUUCUCCCCCGCCUUUCCCUGUCAGCUACAGCUGGCCCUUUAUAUAGCUGCUUUGUGCCUGGGUGAAGGGAGAGCAAGCAGUCCCACCCCGAGCUCUCACCUUUGGUCCUUUAAGAGAUGCAGCUGUUACUCCACGUCCCUCCUUACAGGUGUUGCCCACUUUCCAAACAGGCUGCUGGUUCAAAUCCUUCCCCCUUCUCUCCCCUUUUCUAAUACACCUCUCUCGCUGCUAAACAAAUACCAAAGAUUUCAGGUCAUAACUCCCCCCCUCCACCCCACUCCCGGGUCUCCCCGAAGUGACAAACCCGUAGAGGCAGGAGCGGCGCUUUGGCGGCGUUUCUUCCGUAGGCUGUGUGCUGCUGAAAAUAUUAUUAAACAGCUUCACCCUGGAAGAAUUUGCCAAGAAAACAAGGCAGGAGAAAUGAGCUGCAUAGAGGUUGCCAGGAAAUGCAAGCAGAGGCUGUUCAUUCCCAGCCCCGUCCUCACGCAGGCAUCGUGGUCGCAGGCCAAGGUGGGAACGUCCCAUCUCGGCUGGCCCCUUGGAUCUGAGCUCACCAGCUUUGAACCUCUUCCCUCCAUACAUUGCCACUGCAACUCGGUGCGUGGAAAUAUUAGCCAGGGAAUAAGGAGCUGGAAUGCAUCUGCAUUCACGCCCUGAGCCUAGCCUGCCUGCUAGAGAAUAUUAAAGGCUUUAUUAAAGAGCCUAUUGACCUGGCCCCACACUAAACACUGUUUAUCUCUAUCAGGCAGAACCAGCUUUUUUUUUUUUUUCAUUUUAUUUUAUUGGGUGCUUGAAAGGCGCUGUGUUUGGGGCUGGAAGUCUGAGCGGCUAUUUGUUUUUCUAGGCUGCGAGCGUGUGCUCCCUGCCAGCUCCUCCUCAGCCGCCGGAGGAAGUCGGGGCCGAUUCUAGGCCACCGUGAUGGGUCCCGCGUUCGCGGAGCUGCUUCUUGGGCAGGGGGGUGCCGAGCUGAGGUCUAAGGAGCGUGCAGCUUGUCUCGUCUGCGUUAGCAUUGGAAUUGAAGGUGUUGCCCUUAUUAAAACAUGCUACGGUGUUAGCUCCAAAUGCUGCCCUGCCAAAUACAGUAUAGCCCCAGGAUGAAGUGCCGUGUCGCGGUUAUACUGGGAGUUUUGGCUGUCGGGGGUUUAUUUUGUUGGCAGGCGGUAUGACCCUGGGCACUUUUCUGUCUCCCGUUGCACUGGGGAUGAUGCUAAUUCCUCCCAGGAAUGGAUUGUGAGGUUCAGCUUGCAUUUUUAAACAGCCCAUUGUAGCAGGCUGUCAAUGUGCACGGUGCUGUAUUAAAUUGGUAGGGUUGUCGCAGGAGAUGCUGUUAACACAUUGACUUGUCUUUGUUGACUUAGUAAAACUCCCUUGAUUUAUACCAGCUGCAGCUUUGGCCCACGAGGGUAUCCUUAUUGCACCCUGAACACCCAUGAACAACGAACCAUGUCAGCCCUUGAUGGGCACCAACAUCCCUCCCCCACCCCCAAAUCCCCUAAAUUCAUUUUUUUCCAGUGCAAUUGCCCAGUUAGAGCAAACAUAAGCCGCACUCGGGCUGUGGAGAACCCACUGUUGCAACCUUAAAGUGACCCGCUUUUGCAUGGAUUUCACUCUUUGGUUUAUUUUCUUUCGCUUUGGCUUUUUAUUUUAUUUUUUCCCCCCUCAUCAUUAUAAUAAUUAUUAUAAAUAUACUGCAAGCUUGUUUGAAGAGGUGAUACAUGGGUAAAGAAAAAGGCACAUUAUUCACUAGAGAGCUAGGACUUUUAUUUAACCAGAUGAUAGUAUUCGUGCAAAAUCUGGUUCGAUUAGGGUGAUUUUAUUUUAUUUUUUUUUCUUUUCUUUUUGGUGGGACAAUCUUUAAUUUUCUAAAGAUAGCACAAACAUCAGCUUUUCAGCCAGCCACCCACCGCACUGGAGGCUCCUUGCGGCCUUUCUGCGUGUGUUCUCAAUUGGGAUCUACAACAACAAGAGCUUAAAUAGGCUUUUGAGGAUGGUCUUCAAGAAGCUCAUCAGGCCUUUCCUCCCCGUCCAUCCACCUCCGACACCGAGUUCAGGUGGAACCUUAGCAGUGGAGAUCCUAUGGUUGAAAGGCCUUGAAAACUCACAAAUGUUGUACAUUGAGGAAACACACAGAGGACUUUCCCCCCGCCCCUUCCCUUCGUUCCCGAAAGCCCAGCUAAUUUCUGCACUUUGUCAACUCUUGGACGGUGGGUUGGACUGCGGUCUAUGUCACACCUGCAGGCGUGGACCUUCCAGCUGAAACCCGGAGAAGUCUCCCGGGGGAGAAAAGUGUACGCUAGGUUGGUUUUUGUCUGAAAGGCCAAGGAAGAUUCACGAUCGGAAAAGGAAAUUGGCCCUUCCCUCACCCCUGGAGUCCUCCAAUGAACUGUAAGGUCUGGUCUCCAAUAUAUUUCUUUGCAACAGCCCACUUGAAUAACUGUUGAGAGUAUACUCAGUCAUCCCGUCCGCCGACUCUGGCUGCUCAUCUCUCCUCUUGCUGCCACCACCCAUCAGUGCAUUGAAACCGUUGGGGACAGCUUUGGGACAUGCAGCAGCACAGCCUUCUACCCGCUGUGGUUGUCAAGUCAUCUCUCUCCCUAACGAGCAAGAGGAACUUUUUGUGUUUGCAAUCAGAAGAUGAGCAAAGGCUCAUCCAUUGGGGUCUUCAUCAUCAGAGCAGGACCAAAGGAACCAACCCUCCCUCUCUCCCAGUCAACACUUGGGCUCUCUCUGUGUGGACAAUCCUGAAACGGUGGUGGCAGCAGUGGGAUUGAGGAUGGGGACACGUGACCUUGUAGCCUGUGGACUCACAGUUGGCCCCGCCAAUCCCCAGCAGUGGCUAAUUAGCUGAUGAUGUCCCCAUCAGUGACUAGAGUGCAUGAUCUAUUUUAAGUUGAUACAUAUGUGCGUGUGUAUACAUGUAUGUACUGUAGAUAUAUACACUGUAUAAAUACCUUCACUCACAUAUACAUAUAUUAUAACCAUAGCAAUUACAGACUUUUUGUGCUUUUGUUUUGUUCAAAUUGAUUCUAUUUUUUUUUUCCUAUUUUGUUUUGGGUUUUUUUUUCCCCCUCAUACCUUUUUGCUUCAUGUAAGCGAGUACGUUGUACCAGAGCCCCUUCCAUGUCGGCAAGUGCUGAAUGAUUUUUACAACUCGAGAUAGAGGAAAUGCAUCUAUUUUAAGAUGCCCUUUUUCUUUUUUCUUUUUUUCUUUUUUUUUUUUGGAGCAGCAGAUGGUUUGAAUAAAAUAGCUUUAGCAGUUCCCAACACUUAGCGAUGGAUGCCUUAGCUAUGGGACACAUAGCUAAAAUAAAAUUCAGCAAGAAUUACAAAAAUAAUAAAAACCAGAAAAGAAAUAAAAAAAAAAAAAAAAGAAAAGAUAAGGAAAAAUAUCUAAAGCAUCAAUAAAGUUAAAAAAAAAAAAUCUAUUUUUGUACAAAUGUAAUUUUAUCCCUUCCAUAUUCUUGGAGAUUUUUCUUUUUUGGAUUGUUUUGUUUCUUCUUCUAUAGAGAGUGUUAUAAACCGUCUCUCUCUGUAAAUGCUUGACCACAGGGACAGACACCUGGAGGAGAGGGAGAAUGUUUUGACUGCGUUUUAAAGGCUUUAUAUGAAAUCUCUUUGGAAAUAUUUCUUUUUUUUUCUUUUUUUUUUUUUUUUUUUGGAAUGAACUUUUAAUUUUUUUCCUCCCACAUCUGAAAUCUUCUUUUAUGGGGUGGGGGGAGGUCUUUUGUCAUGUCUCUCUGGCGUUCCCGCAAGUCUGUUUUACUGUGAAAUCACUACCGUAUGUUAUUUGUUCACUUAAAAAAAAAUAUUGCUGCUGGAAGCGCCAGUAUUUUGAUGAACAAUUGUAUUAGAAUUGUAAAAAAAAAAAAAACAAAAAACAAAAAAAAGUGAAAGAGAGAGAGAGAAAAUAGGGGGAAAAAAAGAAAAAUAUAUGAGCAUUUUAAAAUAUAAUACAGUUCAAGUCCUCUUUUGUUCUGAAUGGGUGAUCUGUGACUUGUUCGCUAAGGAGGUGCCCGUCCCCGCCAAAGUCAGAGUCAACAUUUCCAAGCUUCCUGAGCCUUGGGUUUGGGACAAACGGGCGAGAUCCUUACAAACAUCGUUCCUCGCUUGUACGGGUACCGAAUCAUUGUGCAGAGCUCCACCCUGUGGGCAAUUCGACUCCUAUUAGAAAUGGCUUCAAUAUUUUCUCCUAUUUGGGUGACUCACGAGCUGCUGGCUUGCAGGCCGUGACUCCAUAGCCCUGGUGAGUUAAUGUGACUAUUGGAUUGACUCUGUUGCUGGACGCGGGGAGAAAACUCACUUGAAUAGCCAGCCUCUGUUGCAUCACGGCGGUCAGGGAGCUGCUGUGCCCCGCGCCCCUGUGCAUACUCCACCUCGGAGGGAUAACGCACGAUGUUUGGGUGCCUCCCGCAUUGCCAUUAUCUUGGUGCAGGACAUAAGGCAUGGGUUUGUGUAAUGUCCUGCAGCGCACCAUUGUGAGGGCUCCAAAUGCGUUGGCUUUGGGUGGAGGAAGACAAAAGACUCUUCCCCAUCUGCUACAGCUAAGUCAGCUGGAUCUCUCGAGUGCAGUCACAUGGAAAGUCCUGGCCUUAGAUGCAGUGCACAGCUUACUGUGCUACAUGCCAUAGCCAGAUCACAGGGUCCAUCCACCCUACAGACCUUGUCGAUGUUGCCUUAGCUAACAUCUUCACUGCACGGGCACCCUCUUUCCCCCUUAGAGCAGAGGACACAUCAGGGCACCUCCAUGAGCCAGCUCAGGCUGCAGAAGAGCUCUCAGAGGGGGAUCACAACUGAGCACAUCUGAAUGUGUCCUAGGGCUUGGUGUCAGUGUCGAGAGCCCAGCCGAUAGUGCAAGAGCUCUGGGUGUGGACCAGACCAACAAGGGACUGAUCCAAAGCCAAGCAAAGUCCACCGCCAAAGGCAUUGUAGGUGUGUGAGGUCCUCCCGAUAAGCACUGCAUUCGCUGUAGGCAUUAAGAAGCUGGGACAGUCUGUUCCUUUAAAACUAUUUUCUGUUCUGGUGUCAAAUGUGUGCUGCUUAAGUGGGAACAUUGCUGGAUGGGAACGUGGCACUCAUCUCUAAUACAGCACGUGUGUUAACAGAAGCUGUUAGCAGUAGCCUCGGAUCCAAGCUGAGCUUUCUGCCUGGAACAAACAAGAUUGAACUAGUUCUUGGGUUUAGGGCGGAGAUCAAUUUUCUCUGACAGCUACAGGAUAGAUAAAAUAAGGGAGAACAGGAAAGAGCUUCAAUUGAGUUAGUGCUGAUCUGUGUGUAUGUCUGUGUGCGUGCACGUGUGGAGGGGGUUCAAACUUUUUUUUGUAUUAUUAUAUAAAAGGCCAUUCUGCUUGGAAAAGGGGCACUGCUCAACUUCAACUCAACGGAGUUAGCAGUCCUGUACUCACCACUACAAGGCUUUAGGAAAACGGCCUGCCGCAACAGUCCAUACCACUGGAGCCUGUGGCAAUAUUACUUCUCAUCUUGAAGUUAUGAGGUUAUUAAUGGGGAGAUAUGUAGUAAUUCAUGGCAAGAAGAUGAAAAAGCUAAAAAUGGACCCAAAGGAGCUUUGGAAGUGACUCGAGGCUGCGGUUGCAGCCACACGGACGAGAGUGGAAACGCUCCUGUCUCAUACCCAUAUCAUGAGACCAGCAUGAAUGCCAGGAGAUGGGGUCCGGAGGGCAGGUCGGUUGGUGAGGUUUAGUUUCUGUUUCAGCUUUGACAACCAAAAACCUUGUGAGCUGUUCUUGGGAAAGGCGGUCGUGUCAGGUGUGGCUGGUUUCGGUCACCUGGAAUAGGGGAAUUCUGGAGAGAGCAGAGACUGGGGUGAGAUUUUGGCCAUGUGGGGCUGUCCCUGGAAGGUGCUGGCUGCAUCCAAACUGGAAAUGAAAAGGAGGCUCUGAGUUGGUGCCAGUUUGCACCAUAGGCUGCGUCCAGAUGUGCGUGUUGGUGCACAACUAGUGUUGGUGCACCUUGUGCCGCUGCUAGUUGUCCGCAGGGAAUGCCCGGCCACGUGCAAGCUACCCUCGGUGGGGUGGGGGACCCCAGCAGCCUUACCUGGGGCUCUGGGGGCCUCCCGGGGCUGCAGCAGUGGCGAUCCUGCCGCGCUCAGCCUGUCCGGUAGCAGAGCGCAGCUGUGGCCGGCCAGGCUCUGGCUUUGGGCGGCGCAUGCUGCUGUCGCAUGCACCCCUCUGCUUUUUUCCCCAUGGUUUUCUUUGAUCUAGCAGGGGUAAAAAAAACCCCUCCACACUGCUGCUUUGCAGCAGGUAAGUGCAGUAAGUGGGACCGUAGACGUGCCUGCGGCGCCACACACCGCACGGCCACGCUCAUCUGGACGUGGCCAUAGUGUCCUAGGGCCGGUGUAAGGAAAUGCACCUUCAGGUUGGCCCCCGUCGCUAAGACCAUGUCAAAGAGGCUGGAGAGCUACGUGGGACUUGUCCUGUGCCACGGGGAUGCUGCAUAACAAGAGUCCUGGCCUUUCUACCACCUGAAUCCCACCGGUGUGGGAGGUGCCCAGGCCACGUACGGGGCCUCCCUGUCCGGCGGGAAUUCACCCAGUCGGUAUCUCAGGUGUGGCACGGAGGCUGUUGAAUUGACAAAUUUCCUGGCUCCCAUCUCAGAGGCUGGUUAUUUGCCUUGUUAACCUCCCGGCAGCAGUUUGUGUUUGGAGGGUAAAUAUUUACGUCCCCUUCCUGUACGUCUUGCCUCUCCCAGGGUGGAGCGGGGAGGGUGAUAUUUAACACGAUGCUUGCUCUUUGCCUGCGACACAGGGCAAUGUCUGGAUUACAGCUGCUCGCUGGUUUUAAAAAGCAUUUCCUUUUUAAAAAUAACACGCAAUUCUCGAAAGAAAGAAAGAAAGAAACCCACCCACCCACCCAGACCCAGCCAUUGCUGCUUUCUCUCUUUCUUUCUUCCCACAAUUCACAGCUUGUUGGCGAUCAACACCACAUGUGAUGCAAUCUCGAUUGUGAAGUUGCUCUAUUUUUUCCAACUCUCCUCUUUUCUUUUUUUUUCCCUUUCCCCAGUGCCGAGCGGGGAGGGGUUGUGUUCACUUUUCUGCUUUCUCACAGCCUUGGCAUAUGGCGAGAGCAAGAGGUGUCGGAGCUUGGAAAAUCCAUUGGCAUUUCUCCGGUUUCUGCAGGGAUCAAAGCUCCUGGUUUGAAUUUCUCUCGAUUUGUUGGUAUCAGUUGAUUAUUGUUUCAUGUAAUA